GCCCUGCGGACUGUAAACACGGACAGGAGCGUUCAGUGGUCCGUUCACACCUCUGGACGGACGGAUGCUUUUGCUCGCCCUGUAGGGGCUUUUCGGAGCUUUCGGAGCAGCGGAGCUUCAGGACAACUGCCCCUCUUACCCCACUCUCCCGCCUCACCCCCUUCCCCACCUUCGCCGUCCGUCUGUGUGCUUGAGAAGCUCCAGCAUGUCUGAGCGCGGCGGGCUGCCUCGGGCUGGCGGAGCUCCGUCCCCUCAGCCCUCCAAAGCGGUCAACAUCAGCUCCAGCCGGCCCGUCCACAUGAACCUGUACGCCACCUGGGAGGUGGACCGGUCCUCCCCGAGCUGCGUGCCCAGGCUCUUUAACCUGACUCUGAAGAAGCUGGUCAUGUUGAAGGAGUUGGAUAAAGAUUUGACCUCCGUGGUCAUCGCCGUCAAACUGCAGGGAUCAAAAAGAAUUCUGCGCUCAAAUGAGAUCUUGUUGUCUUCAGCUGGAUUGACAGAGACUGACCUGCAGCUUACUUUUUCCUUACAGUACCCUCACUUCCUCAAGCGUGAUGCUAACAAGCUCCAGAUCAUGCUGCAGAGGAGGAAGCGCUACAAGAACAGAACCAUCCUGGGCUACAAGACCCUCGCCUUGGGCCUCAUCAACAUGGCUGAGGUGAUGCAGCACCCUACAGAAGGUGCUCAGGUGUUGGGGUUACACAGUCAGCUGAAGGACGCCUCAGUGCUGGUGGCCGAGGUCAGAGUGUAUUCUCUCUCCAGCCAGCCGAUUGACCACGAGGGGCCUAAAGCCAAGAUGAACGAUCGGUCUCCAGACAUAGAUAACUACUCUGAAGAAGAGGAGGAGAGCUACUCGUCAGAGCAAGAGGGGAGUGAUGACCCUGUUCAUGGACAGUAUCUGUAUGAUGAAGAGGAUGAGGUGAGGAAGAAGAAACCACGGCGCAAACUCACAUCCAGCGCCGCCAUCACCAGACAACCCAACAUCAAGCAGAAGUUUGUGGCUCUGCUGAGGAGGUUUAAAGUUUCGGAUGAGGUGGGGUUUGGUUUGGAGCAUGUGUCUCGGGAGCAGAUUCAGGAGGUGGAGGAGGAUUUGGAUGAGCUGUAUGACAGUCUGGAGAUGUAUAACCCCAGUGACAGCGGUCCAGAAAUGGAAGAGACCGACAGCAUCCUCAGCACACCAAAGCCUAAACUCAGGCCGUUCUUUGAGGGAAUGUCUCAGUCCAGCUCUCAGACUGAGAUCGGCAGCCUGAACAGCAAAGGAAGCCUGACCAGAGACCCUUUCAGCCCUCAGGGGGAGCAGCCGCCCUCUGAUAAAAUGAAACACUCCCGCAGUCGCAACCUGGAGGAGACUCAAACGGAAACAGACACACUGGAGAUGAAUGAUCAGGAGCUGUUUACGGACGUUGCCCCUGCCAUCACUGUGUCGGUGGCUGAGAAACCCCGUACACCUCUGAAGAGCAGCAAGAGUGAAGGUCAAUCCAUGCCCUCUCCCAGAAUGGAUGGGGCACACACUCCCCGACAGAAGCGCAGUACUCCAAUGAAGGAGCGGCAGCUCUCUAAACCGCUGAGUGAAAGAACUAACAGCUCAGACAGCGAGAGGUCACCUGAACUUGGACACACUACACAGGUGCUCAGGAAAGCUGUGUAUGAUCAGUUGAACCAGAUUUUGUUGUCUGAUGCUGCACUACCCGAGAGCGUCAUCCUUGUUAAUGGCACAGACUGGCAAGGCCAGUAUGUAGCAGAGCAGUUGCAGGUCCAGAAGCACCCGGUCGUGUGUACGUGUUCAGCAGCAGAGAUACAGGCUGUGCUCUCAGCUGUUCUUACUCGCAUACAGAAGUUUUGUAACUGUAACUCGUCCAUGCCACGGCCGGUGAAGGUGGCAGUGGUUGGAGCUCAGAGUUAUCUGGGUGCAAUCCUGCAAUUCUUCGUCAGUCAGCUCGCGAAUAAAACAUCUGACUGGCUCAACCACAUGCGCUUCCUUGUAGUUCCUCUGGGUUCCCAUCCUGUUGCUAAGCACCUGGGUGCCCUUGACAACCGCUACAGUUCUGCCUUCCUGGAUGGACCCUGGAGGGAGCUGUUCAGCCGCUCCGAACCGCCACAAUCAGAUGUAUUGGACGUGGCUGGGCGAAUAGCUCAGUACAUCAGCGAAGCCACACUAACCCACCAGCUGCCCAUAGCUGAAGCUAUGCUGACCUGUAAACACAGGACGCGGGAUGAAGAUUCCUAUCAGAAGUUUAUCCCUUUUAUUGGCGUGGUCAAAGUGGGGCUGAUUGAGCCGGGCCAGUCGUCUACAGGUGAUGGUGAAGAGGGUGUGGCUGUGAAUUUGGCCGUCCCCUCGACAUCUCCACCCUCCCACAGUUCUCCUGCCAGUCUUAAAGAGACAGCAACGCCCCCUUCCUCUCCUUCUAUGGGUGCAGUUUUAGCAGUACAAGGGAGCCCCAGCAUGUCUCAUGGUGUGGACGCCAUCGGCCUACAGGUUGAUUACUGGCUGGCGUCCCUGGCUGAAAAGCGGCGCGAAGGUGAGCGGAGGGACACAGGCUGUAAAAACACACUGAAGAGCACCUUCAGGUCCCUGCAGGUCAGCCGACUACCAGGAGGGGGCGCUAAUGAGCCACAUGCUCCUGUCAACACCAUGUCCAUGACUGUGGUCACCAAAGAGAAGAACAAAAAAGUUCCAACCAUCUUUCUGGGGAAAAAGCCCAAAGAGAAGGAGGUGGAUUCUAAGAGUCAGGUGAUCGAGGGCAUCAGCAGACUCAUCUGUUCAGCCAAGCAGCAGCAGACCAUCCUCAAAGUGUCGAUUGAUGGUGUGGAAUGGAACGACGUAAAGUUCUUCCAGCUUGCAGCUCAGUGGCCAACACAUGUCAAGUACCUCCCAGUCGGACUGUUCGGAUACAACAAACCGCCCUCCUAGGGCCGCCCACUAGCCCUCUAACCCCGCCCCUUCACCCUGCAGCCUUGGCCCUAUUGCACACAAUCCCUGCCAAUCAGAACAGAAAGCUGGCCAAUUGUAGCAGAGCUGUGAGGAGGGAACCUGCCCUAAAUGUUCAUUUCUUUCUGCUGGGGGUAGGUGGCGUCGCAGGGGUCGUGUUGAUGGCUGAAAUGUACUUUUUUAUGGCGCUAGUCACUUUUAUUUAUUGAAAAGGUCCCAGAGCACCAAAUUGUGAGGGACAAGCACAAAACGGCAGACACCUUCAGUCUACCAACAACAAUCAUAUUACUGUCUGACAGCAUGACAAAGCAGAAAUCCAAAAAAUGACCUUUAACAUGACCUUUGACCUCAUUGAUGCAAUGCUAACAUGAUUGGCCUCACUGUCAGAGCUGUAACAGAACAAACAAAUGCUGUUAAGCUCUGAUCUGCAUGUCUUAAACUACAACACCCACAACCCACUAGUAAAUUAGUGUUAUUAUGCAACUUACGUACUUGUGCAUGUGUUGAGCCGUGCAGCUACAGUUAGCCACCUGAAGCUAUGCCUUUUUCAGUUCAGUCUGUAGAAGCUUGAUGACGCUGGGGUUUACUCAGUUAUCAGUGAAGUGGUUGCCGUGUCCAUGGACUACUUCUGUGAGUUUUCCAUUGUUUUGUACAUAAGUUAAGCUUUUGUGUCUUAUAGGAGCUUUCAGUUAUUUAGUUCUUAUAUGAGUACUUCGGAAAAGUGCCCUUUUUUAAAAUAUGUAUGUAGCUCAAUUAAAGGUUUUAUUUUUUUCUUCAUAAACCAUAUCUCCAAAGAUCACACUGGCCAAUCCGAAUGUAAACCCAUCGCACUGUCAAGCAGUCACAAAGUCACAAAAAGCAUGGUUAUAAUCGCAGUGACCAGCAUUCUACACUCUUCAGUUGUCCAGUAGAUGGGAAAUGAUGAGGGGAAAAUGGUUUCGUAUCAACUCAAGGGCUGAGGUCAAUUAAGUCCAUCAUAUGUAGGGUAGAAUCCCAUAAUAUUCACGUCAACAAAACACGUAAAUCAUUGUUCUGUUAGCCAUCACUAUUCUUUUGAACAAUCAUCAGCAAAUUUUGGCUGUUUAUAAAGGAUUGGUUGACUGAAAAAAUCAAAUUUACAGUUUUCCUCUUUCCCCAUAUUUCAGUUGGUAAAAUGUUUUCUAGUUUUGCUGUGGAACUACAAAGCUAACAUAGCUAAUAAGUAGUAGAAGUCUAUGUCAGACUUCCUUUUACAUUACUGUUGCAGCUCCAGUGCAAAACUAAGCAGCAGUGUCCAGACACCAAACACCUUGGCUGACCCAUUACAUUUGGAGUAAGAGGAAAAACUGCAAAUUUGAUUUUUCAGUGAACCAAUUCCAUUAAGCAAGGAGCUCUGGGCUGGAUCCCUAUUGGUUGUUGAAAGCUAUGCACUUAACUUACAUUAGCUCUCACAUCUACACAUUUUCCUCCAAAGCACAAUAUUGUUGAAGGUUUUCUCUUGAAAGAAAAUGGCACUUAAAGGGAUAGUUAAUCCAUACAGUGAAUGAAAGCAGUCCUUGGCAGUCAGCAUGCUGUCAUUGUUGGUGUAAACUAUCACUUUAAAUGAAUAUUCCACAAAAAAUUCCUAGUUUAACAUGUGAUUCUUCAUCUUGAACACCUCAAAGAAAUUCAGAUCUAAAGAAGUUCCCCAGGAACCAACAUAAGCAUGAGCUAGAACCGAAUUAGCAAUUAUUAGCGACUGUUACAUGGGAGCCACAAUUUUAAUUCAGUUGACCAUUUAAACCCCAUCUAGGCCUGUCACAAUCAAGGAGUCUUAGCUGCUGAUCAGUUGCCACAUAAAUGUUUGUGAUUAAUACAAUUAUUAAAUACAAUUUUUAUUGUUCAUUGCAACUAUUAAAGUUCAAGCCUAAUACAAAUAUGCCAUUUUGCGUCCUGUGAAAUGAUGCUGAUGGGCCCCAAAUGAUGACAGAAAUAGCUCAAACUCAUAUAAACAAAUGUUACUCACCACUUGCCUCGAAAGGUGUUAUUGCACCAGUAGUUGUUUGCGUAACACCUGUGAGGUGACUUAAGCUUUGCUUUCUUUUAUUUGCAUGAAUUUGCCUCAACCCGACAGUUUUGAUGGGAUGUAAAUGCGUGAUAGUGAAAGCUAACGACUGUGGAAACAACUGUGAUCUGCGAUCAGCUUAAAUAAUUGCGAUCAGGCGAUUAUGUAGUAAUUGUGACAGGCCUAAUCCUUCAUGUUUUGCCCAAAAAAUAACAUUACCGCCAAAAUGAAUAUUAGAGGGUUAUAUUUAAAUAUUUGUCUUAUCGGAGUUUGAAAUUGAAUUUCAAAAUCUUUGAACUUGUAGAUGAAAUAAACAAACAUCUCACCCUCCAUUUUGUUAGUAUGGUAGGUAUAGGCAGUAAUAGCUACUGCCUGGGAAUCAUGGUUUAUAUGGCUUAGUAACUUAAAAAUAAAGCAAAUUUUGCCCCUUUAACAGUUAGAGAGAAAGUAGGGGCACAAAAAUGGAUUAAAACUUCCAAAACUAGGAAAUAUUGAAUAGUCAUGAAUAGGGCUGGAUAUUGAGAUUCAUUACCUUCAUGGUACCAACCGAAUUACUUCAGUACUACAGAGUAUAGACAUAUUCUCUCCUACAGUACCAAAUUACAGUACCUAAGUGGUCUUAACACCCAUGGGCCAGUAGGCAUGCUUGUUCCAAAAUCUAGACUGCUGAUUUUGGAAAUUACAUUCUGUAUGCAACAGUGCUUCUUCAGUAGUUUGCAGUCCUUUGCGGUCAGCAAAUAUACCCACUUCUGGCACCUCACACUCAUGUCUGGUUUAAGCCUAACUCACUUUUGGUUUGUAAUUUUAAAAGAAGGUAUCAGAAAAGUAUCAUUCAGGAAUCAAUAUUGAAAUAAAGUUAUUGGUAUUGGUAUCAGUAUUGAAUAUUUAACAAUACCCAACCCUAGUCAUGAAGUAACCUUUGUUUGUUUGGAAAAUUAACCUCGUAAAAAGGAAAAACAAAGACAGGUUUUACAGUCCUGUCUAUUUUUACUUCUCCACAUAAUGAUGAAGUUUCCACUAAUUAACUUCAAAUAGCCUUUAGCCUGUUACUGGUUCUGAGUGAUUUUUGUUGGCUAAGAAUCCUCAUUUCUGGUCAGGAAUCACUUAUUAAACUGUGUGGAAUGCUGUUUUAAGAGCAGAUCUGGGAUCAGGUAACCAUUCCUAAUCAGAGACUUUAACAGGAAGAGCUAAGAGCUGAUGCUGAUCUUCAGUCAAAACUCCAGAGCUCCUCCCUUUACCUGCUUAAGCUGCUACAUCGGUGUUGUUGUAGUAAGAGGCAGCUUCUACUAAAGUGACAUUCUAUUUUGUCUAGGACGUGUGUGAGGUAUAUUUGUUGGUGUUAAGGUGACCCAGAUUUUAGUGUAUGAACUGUGGUUAUGUAAAAAACAAAAAGAAAAACAACAAUAUCUAUGAAAUAAUGUCGUGCCACUGUAAGAGUGACGAGCGUUGGUUUUUCGUGUGUCGGUUUGUGUGCGCAUGUGUGUUAAUUUCAAUUGUUGCUGACCAGUUUUUGUGGUGUAAAUUUUUAACAGUUUGCUGACCCUGUAUCUCCACAGAAGAUUACAUGAGACUUCUUUGCUGGCUCACUGACCUCUGCAUGGGAAUGAAUUUGAAAGCAAAGAAUAUAACAUCUCCUACCAUUUAGGCAGCAGAACCUACAGCAGAUAUGAGAAAAUGACACAGUAAUGAUGUGUUUUAUAGAGUUUUUGUGUCUGUAUCGCAUUUUAACUACUGAAAGCUUUUGAAAUGGAUACUAAGCAUCCAAACUAGGGUGUAUUUUGUGUGGCAAAGUAUUACUACAGAUUUUAUGUUACAGUGCAAAAGGGUCAAUUACAACAUUUGUGUUUAAUACAUUGUUUUCUGGAGUGGUUAGUAAGCAGUAGUGUUUUUUUUAAAUGUUGCCUUCACAUUCUCACAUUUUCCUGAUUGUUUAAAUGGGUUUUGCACAAAAGCCAAGCAGCUUGCCAGUUAACAGACAUGCUACUAAAUGAUUCAUUGCACAGCACCUGUUUCCACCUCCCACUGACAUAAUAAUAUGCCAAAUACAGACUAGCAAAAGAUCCCAAACAUCUACAGGAUGAUUGAGAAAGCUCUUAUGGGACAAUAUACCCUAUGAGUCAGUCAAAAACACCAAAUUAAUGUUGUUCUGUGAAAUUGCGCAUUGCUUUUCACUGAUUUUUAUCUUCCACUGGUUAAAUGACCAUUUAUAACAUGACAAGUGACUGACCACAUAUACACCAAAACAAGCAAGAUUAUCUGCCUAUGGAAAUAAUGCUGGGUAAUCUCACAUUAUUCUUACAGUGAACUUAUAGUGGGAAAAAUUAUACAUAUCUCCACUAGAUUUAAGAUGCUUUCACUUGUCAGCAUAUCAUUGUUUUUGCAGUGUUACAGCAUUGCUGCUACUGGCUCUGGUCUGAGUUUUAUUAGAUGCUCCUCCAGGCUCCACCUAGCAAGUCUCAUUGGGAUCUUUACUCAGAUCUUUGGUCAGACAAGGCCAUCAAUAAUUCUGUUUUAUCUAGGACCCAGUUGUGAACGCUUUAGGCUGAAUUUGACCUUGACCGUCACAGAAAAGAUUGCCAUAGCAGUACAUUGUGUUUUGUAACAAAAGGACCACAACAAAUGAACCAGUGAAGUCUGGCUGUGCAGUAGAUCAUUUGUUAAUUGUUAUUGUGAUGUUGGCCUUCUACGACUAAUAUUCUGACCAAGAACAGAAGCUCCACAAAAGUUUCUGUAGGAGGUGGCUAAAAAAUAAUUUUAGGCCUAUCUUUUAAAGAUGAAUUCAACAGAUUUUUCAGGAUGUCUACAUCAUUAAGUCAAUAAAAUGUGAACAAAGUCA